CCUCCUAUCACAUAGCUCUACUAACGAAGACAUAUAGUUCGCGCACCUGGAAACCAAGACCUUCUACAACAACACCAAACCCACCGACAUCAUCGGCACCUCCCCGACCACCCGCUGCAGCAUCCACCACUGGGCCACCCACGGCAUCGCCAGCCGCGCCAUCCUCCUCGACUACCGCCACUACGCCCUCACCCACUCCCUCCCCUACGACCCCUACACCACUCACCCCAUCACCCUCUCCGCCCUGACCGCCUGCGCGCACUCCCAAGGCAUCGAUCUCCGCCCCGACGGAGCGAGACACCGUCGCCGCGCGCUCCCACGAACAUCUCGCCUGGGCGGGUCUCAGCCAGGACGAAGACAUGUUGGAUUGGUUCCAUGAUUGUUAUUUUGCUGCGGUGGCGGGGGAUUCUCCCACGUUUGAGGCGUGGCCGCCCGCCACCGAAGGGGGGGGGGGGUAUAUCCAUCAGCAGAUUCUGGCGUGUUGGGGCAUGCCCCUCGGUGAGAUGUGGGAUUUGGAACGGUUGAGUGUGAGGUGUAGGGAGUUGGGGAGGUGGGUGGUUUUUGUGACUAGUGCGCCGGGGAAUGUGGUUUGAGGGGUGGGCUCUCAUGCGAAUGCGAUGGCUAUUCUGUAGAUGUGAUGUGGGCUGGGUGAUCCUAUCCAGGUGAGUAGGAGCUGAUAUCAAUACUUCGGGCAAUGAACUGGUAAGUAGGUGUUGCGGUGGAUGCUAUCUAAUCCUUAUGGUUACUUAUGACUACUACGCAAACACGAUGAUAGCAAGAAACACUACAAGCUAAGUAG